AUGGACUUUUCGGACUUCUUCUCAAGAUCCAUUUAUGGGCCUGAAGAUGUUGGGGAAGUUCCUGGAUCGUGUGAAAUAAGAGUCGUACCAAAGGCACCCUAUGAUUUCAUAAUCAAAAAUGGAAAAUUGGCUAUGGAGAUUCCGCGCGGUCAGAAAUUGAUACAGACACAAAGGGGUUCGACAGGAAAGUCCUUUCGAUCCAAUCCAUUCUUGGAGUCAAAUAAAGACAAAGGAUAUGUCAGUGACCUAGCCCGACAAAGCACUCUCCGAGGGCAUGGAAUGUCGAAUUUUGCGGUCAGAAUCUCCACAGUAAUGUCUCUCUUAGAUUCUCCGGUCGAAAUACGGGAAAACUCCAUGCAAUUCUCGAUGGAAACAGAGUUUUGCUCAUUCUCCCCGGAACUAGAAGAUCAUUUCGAGAUCUUCGAACAUAUUAUAGGGUUCAAUGUGACUAUUGUCACUUCGGCCAACACACAAGAUGAGACUUUACCACCGUGGAGCGGCUUUUUGCAAAAAGAUGAGGGGGAAACUCAGUAAGAGGAGAAGCUAAAUAUACACGAGAUCACAA